CCAGCCGGCCGGCUCAGAGUUGCUCCCUUCUGCUGGUCAGAUCUUUGUCCCCAAAGAGGCGCCUUCCGAGCAAGCAAAAGCAGCCGCCGGCAUGUGGGCUAACGUCUGCAGCUUUCUGGCCGUGGCUGUGGCCUGCCAGGUCGUGGCGGGGGCCGAGGUGCCCAUCCAGCCUGACUUCCAGCAAGAGCAGUUCGUGGGGCGCUGGUACAGCAUCGGGCUGGCCUCCAACUCCCAGUGGUUCCAGGACAAGAAGCAAACCAUGAAAAUGUGCACCACGGUGGUGACGCCCGUGGCCGGCGGGGGCCUGGACGUGACCUCCACCUACCCCAAGCACGACCAGUGUGAGACGCGAAACAGCGUGUUCGUCCCGACAGACCAGCCGGGACGCUUCACCUACAGCAGCCCUCGCUCAGCAACCACCAGCGACAUACGAGUGGUGGAGACGAAUUACGACGAGUACGCCUUGCUGUCCGGCCAGAAGGUCAAAGGUGGGGAGACCUUCAUGAUGGUCACCCUCUAUGGCAGAAGCAAGCAGGUGAGGCCUGAGCUGGUGGAGAAGUUUACCCAGCUGGCCUUGGAUCAGGGCCUGACGCGAGACCAAAUCCUCGUCUUGCCCAGGACUGAUCAAUGCAUGGAGGAGUCGGUGUAGAGGCGAUCGGACCG